AUGCCGCGCUACUACUGCGACUACUGCGACACGUACCUCACGCACGACUCGCCGGCCGUGCGCAAGCAGCACAACGCCGGCUACAAGCACAAGGCCAAUGUGCGCAACUACUACAUGCAGUUCGAGGAGCAGCCGCCGGAGGGCGCCAACGGCGACGUGCGGGGCCGGGAGUACGACGCGCGAUCCCGGGAGGCCUUCCAGGCGCACGUGGCAGCGGGAUUCUCUGCCCUGAUGGCUGGUGGAGGCGUGGGGGGGCCGCCACCCGUGCGGCCCAUGGGCCCCAUGGGAGGAGGCCCUCCUCAAGGGGGGAGGGGCCCGAUGGCGUCCCGCAUGCCGCACGCCCCCGGAAGGGGGGGCCCGCCGCCGAUGGGGUACCCCCCCGGCGGCGGGAUGCGGCCGCCCAUGGGGCCGCCGGGCGGGGAUCCGAGGGGUGGGGGGGGAAUGGGGUACGGGCCUCCGCCGAGGGGGGGGAUGGCCCCGCCCAGGAUGAUGGGGCCCGGGCCGGGCGGCAGGCCGGCGGGAGGCAUGAUGCCGGGGAUGGGGUACCAAGGGGCACAGCAACCGCCGGGGGUGAUGGGCCCGCCUGGUGGUCCGGGAGGCCCUGGUGGUCCGGGAGGGCCUGGUGGGCCAGGAGGGCCCGGAGGGCCGGGAGGGCCCCCUCCUAGGGGAUUCCCUCCCGUGGGCAUGCAACCCCCGAGGCAGUAG